GGCGGGGCGAGCGCAGGAACCUGGGCCGCCGCGCUCCGGGCGCCGCUCGCACUGCGGGUCGGGUCGGGUCGGGGCGGGCCCGCGGGCCCCCAGCCGCUGUCCCCAUGGGGCUGUGCUUUCCGUGUCCCGGGGAGUCGGCGCCCCCGUCGCCGGCCCUGGAAGAGAAAAGAGCAAAGCUUGCAGAGGCUGCAGAGAGAAGACAGAAGGAGGCUGCAUCUCGGGGCAUUCUGGAUGUUCGGUCUGUGGAAGAAAAAAGAAAGAAAAAGGAAAAAAUAGAAAAACAAAUGGCUGAAUCUGGGCCCCCACCAGAAGGUGGACUUAGGUGGACAGUCUCAUAAGCAUAGCAUGAGUGGAAGAGUCUACUGCCAGUAACUACUAUCUGCAAUCAAGUGGACGUCCUCAGCUUAAUUUCUUCUCUUUGAAUAAACAAAUAUUUAGACUUUGUAAUUUUAGUGCCAUUAAAUGCAGUCAGUGCUUUUUCAAUAUUGAUGUAAAAUGCUUUUGAUUUCCUAACAUAGAAAACGGCCAGACUUUUCAUUAAAUACUUACUUUCUUAUAUUUGCUCUUCUGCAGGUGGCAGGUGAUUCGCCUUUUUUAGUACUUAAAAUAUGGACCUUAAUAGUGAAUGAAUAUAUAUCGCAUGUAAAGUCUGCAUACAUCUCAGACAUUAAAGUUUGCCGUUGUAUUUUCUCUCCUCUAUUAAUGACCUCGCAGUCUGUAGUUUUCUGCUCAGCCUUAUAUCUCCUUUUAUUUCAUUAUCUAUGAAGGCUUUUGCUUAAACUUAUGGACUUUGUGCCUUUAAACUGAUCAUCAGGGAAAAUCUUGAAGGGCUUAUGUGAAGGAACACUGUAAACUUUUAUAACUUACUAAGUAAUGAAAAUUUGUAGAAAAUGAUAAAUUUCUCCUAAUUUAUUUUCUAUUUCUGUGGCUUAUAAAAUUAACAUAUGGUAUUUUACAUUGCAAUAAAAGUGGGUUUUUUUGCUUGCUGAAUUUGAAAUUAUAUGUUAGCAGUGCCAUCAGAGGGCAGUGAUGUACUAUUGCACAAUACCAGAUUCAGCUCUGAAGAUCUUUGUGGGAAACGAAUGAGGUUAAACUAAGAAUCUGGAUGGGUUAUACUGAGUAGUAAUAUAUUUGUCCAAAUUUCACAGGUGUUUUUAUUCUUUUGUAUUUAUUUAUACAGAUGCGUAAUUGCCAAGGUAAAUGUGAACGUAUGAAAUAGAAAUAGGUGUUGUAUUUUAAAAGGUCUACUUUAAACAUAAAGAUAUAUGAGGUAAUUCUAUGUGAUGCAGACUUCUAAACUUUCCAGAUUUUUGUUUAUUAGUAACAUUAGUUUACAGCAUUUUUGCUUUUUGAGUUUUCUUUCUAGUAUAUAUAUAAUAAGCUACAAUAGAAGAAUUGCUGUAUCUUCUAAUUUGGUUGCUAACUCUUUUGGAUGACAGGGCCACAAUCUGAGCCCUAAAUCAGAAUUCAUAGACAGUACCAAUAGAGAUUAUAAGUUAAAUAGACCAGCUCAUUCGAUUUACAAAAAACUGAGCCAUUAUUGUGCUCAUCCCACAAAACUUAUGUUAUAUGGCAGUAUGUUGUAUAUGCUAAUUUUAAAGAAUUUGAACUCUAAUACAAAUCUCUUGACUCUUCAUUGGAAAAAUUACAUUUUUUCUAUUAUGGUGUAAAAUGGGUUAUGAAUAUCCAGUCAAGAUAUAUAUUUAGAUAGGCUCAAUUUUCUUCAUCCUUUAGAAGAUGAGUGCUCUUUUUGUUCACAAAGGAUAGUGAAAUCAUUAAACUGUAUCUUAGAAAUAAAAUUCUUGACUUUAUGAACAUGUUAAUUUCUCCAAGGGAAAAAGAUCCUCAGUAGCUGAACAUAGAACCAAAGCAUAUUAUCCCUGAACUGUGUAAAUCCCUCCUUCUGCUUUAAUAUAGAAAGAACAAUUUUAACUGUACUGUAUUUAAAGAAUUACAACUUGGGUUGGUAUAAACAAAGGUUUACAUCCAGGGAUAAUGCCCUAUUUCUAACAAAGUUCAUAUCCAAAUACCAGGUUUAUUUACUGUUGAACCUUGAAUGAGAUGUUGAUGUAUUUUGCUUUCUAGGAAGAGUGGGAUAUGCUGCUCCAGCCAGUCAUGCAUGGCCUGCCUCCAUGGGUGUAGUCCACUUUCCCAAAAACCACAUGGGACGCAGAGGCCAAUGGGUGAUACAAAAGCAUUAAGAAUAGUUUUAGGAAGGGGAAGGGAAAAGAGGAGACUAGAUGCUUGAUAGGAAACCAAUAAGUGACUACUAGAAAAAAAAAUUGUACGUAUAUAUCCAAGCAUCUCCCUCAUCAAGUUAUGAAUCAGUUCCUGAUGAAAACCUUAACUUGGAGCCAGCUUCCCAUAAAUCCUAAUUUAAAUAGGAAAACACGGUAAUGCUUAACAUGUCACCCAAGCCCUCCAACAGAUUACUAAAAUAUAACUGAAACAGUAAAGUGCAUAUAUAUUAACUGUCAUGUUAAAAUGUAAAAUGCUAAAACCACUGCUUUUUUUAACUACUGCUUCUUGAUUCUAAUAGUCAAAUUAAUAUGAUAACAAAAAGUUGUUAUAAUCACACAGCCCUUUUGUUGACAUGCUGCAUGUCUUUUAAAACAUCUGUAUGUGAUACUUUGGUUCCACCGACUGUAUUUGGAAUGUAAUUAAUAGUUUUCACACACAUGGUUUGUUAUACAUUCUGUAUUGCUUUAUGGGGACACAAAUAUACUUUUUUCCUAUAUAAAAAUUGACUUUGGCCAUCUCUUUAACAAAA